UUUGAAUCUCUAUUCUCACUGAAUACUUCUCAUUUUGUCAGCUUCUUGUUGGACUUUUCGAGUUAUUUAUUUAGAUUUUACCUUAAGAAUAUUGUUGUCUUUCGAUCUGUCUCUUCUUUUGAUUUCUGAAAAAAAGUUCAAUUGUUUUUUCCUCUAAUGAGGAAUGUAGAUGCAAAACUUGAUUUUUCUUUCUUUACUAAGUUCUUUUCUUCUCUUUUGCUGAUUGGGAUGACCUUUUGGGAGGGAGAUGGGUAUGGUUUUGGUGCCGUAAAGUCAGGAGAUGAUUUGCCCAUUUAGUAUACAGUUAUGGGUUCAUCUUCUGUCAACUGCUUCUCUCUGGAUAUUCUCCAGCAGAAUUUUACUUUUGAAUCCAUUGCUCGGCUGGUUAACUUUAGCUUUGUUGUUGCUCGGAUUAUUUUUGGUAGAGAAAUAUAAAAUUUGGAAAAUAUUUUCAGCACUUUAGAAACCGGAGACAUAAUUUCAUUUAAUAUCAUGCUGCUUUUUUUUUCCCCCAAUGUAUGCUAUUCCAUCCUUUUAAACCUCUCAUUCUUUUCAUUGUUUAUUUUCCCCGUUUAAGAAGCUUUCCAGGUGAUGAAGGUUGGAACAGACCAGAUAAUGUAUCUUUUAGAGUUAGGUUUUGAUUUGGUGUUAUACUUAUCUACUUUCCUUUUGUGACUAUGGGUGUAAUUUGGUACUUGUUUUCCAUUUUUUACCCUAGGACAUACAUCUGGUCUGUAGAUGUUUGUAAAGAUAACACUCAGUUUCUGUCUAGGGGAUUACUACCUCUGGACUAAGUUGCGCGGACUCUUCGAUUUUGGUGCAGUCCCUGUCCCGAUACAAGACGGGGACGAGAUACGUCCCGGAUUCAGUCAACUGACUUCGGACACUUUGACCGGAGUCCAUUGACAAAUUGGGGAGAAAAAUUGAGAUUUUGAUUUCUCAAAAUCAAAAAUAAAACAGAUUUAGGACGAUGAAAGAAUAAUGUCCAUCUUGGAGAAUGAAAGAUUGAAUUCUACAAUAUUCAUGGUUGAAUUAAAUAUCUGAUAGACAAUCCUAGAAAAUUUUGAAAGAAGAAUGGUUCAGACAGUGGAAGCCAAUAAGGGUGGUGGAGGUUCUAUUAAAGUUGGAACAACUGGUACAAUCGGUUCCUUGAUGUCAAGAGAAUUAGAUUCUAAGAAGUUUUCUCCUCAGACACCGGCUUCAUAUAGAAGUAAGUCUCCUACUGUUAGUUCUUUCAUUGCUGGAAGUGCAACCAGUCCUAAAAGAGUGAAGCCAGGAACAUUGAGUGACAAAGCAAGCAGCAGUGGGAUGUCUGAGGACAAUAAGAAAUGCCCUGAAAUUGUCAGGAAAACAAAGCACUAUAAUCGAAAAACUAAUCAAAUUCCAAUACUAAAAAACGACAAUGUCUUCGUUGAUGGAACUCCUGUGAGGCAGAAACCUCAGAGAAAGGGACCUUACAUGGUGGAAAUUGUGGACAUAAAUUGUGGGGAUGCUGACAGAACUUGGGCAGGCCCUAUAAAGAAUCGCCUGAAGAAGCUUGGUUUCUCAAAGCUGUCUGAAAGCCCUGUCUAAAUGCCUAAUCCUUGAAUAUCAGCAUUUAGAUUCCUGUAAGUGAAUGUGGACAUUGCAAUUGAUUCAUUACAUUCUGCAACUUAUACCAUAGAGCACCUGCUGGGAUCAGCUUAUUGCUCCCUGUUCUCCUUUUUGGGGGUUUUGGCCGAUGAUCCAAGCUUUGGUUUGGUGUAACUGCUAGUAGAAAUCUGCAAGUUGGCGAGACUUGUGAGAGCUGUCGUGACAAGUUGUAGCCUAUAGAAAUAUUCUCUUUCUUGCAAGAAGAGGAAUCAGAAAGUGCAUGGGCUGCCUAUCUCAAAUAAAGAAUUUUUCGUCGCCAUCUGCAGAGCAACUAUGAAGCCUAAGCCAUUAACUAUAUACCUGGAUCUAUCUUUGCCUAGUAAGAGGGCAAGUAGUGGCAGAGCGACCUUCGUCCAAGGGGUGUCACCCCUUCGCCGAAAAAUGACACUGUGUAGUUAGGUAAAAAAAAUUCUAAUGAAGUGGUUACUGUGGCUUGGUGGUACCAAUUGAUGCAGCAGUUUUUCUUAUGUAUGAUGAAGUUGUUAACUAAUAUGCCAUCAUAUCAGCUAGCAAA